AUGUCAUCAGUACAGACCGCACACCAACAGCAGCAAGAACCGCUCGACUUGAUACGAUUUCAACUUGACGAAUACGUAAUUGUCAAAUUAAGAGGUGCUCGAGAAUUUAAAGGUAAAUUACAAGGUUAUGACAGUCAUUGUAACUUGGUAUUGAGUGAUGCUACAGAAACGAUAUUUUCAGAACAGGACGGUGUUGAACCUGUGGUGAAAAGGACAGAGAUGGUAUUUGUUAGAGGAGAUUCGGUAAUAUUAAUAAGUCCGGUUAUAGAGAAAUAA